AUGGACUCUCAUCUAUACGAGACUCUUAACGAUGUCGCUAGUACCGCAGGCGAGAAGGAUGGCGACAGAGUGCUCAUUGAUGGAGAGGCAAAGGAGGGAAAGCAUCCCGCUCCCUCAACUUCCUCCCACAUCUCCUCGCCGCAUGCCGCAUGCCGCAUCCCGCAUCGCAUCCCGCAUGCCGCAUCCCGCAUCCCAUAA